AUGGCAGCAACCUUUCCAGCUCGUUUGUUUUGGUUAUUCGUUGGCUCUAUGAUGGUCAUAGGAAUGCUAAUGCUCAAUAUUUCCUUAGCAUCGUGGAAGAAUCUGCUGAGCACCAUCCAUUACCUACCUUCAGGCCUGUCUGCAACAUCUGCCAUACGAAAGAUGGAAAUUGAAGAGAUGCCAGAAGCCGAACGUUUAAUGGCUAUCGCAAGAAAUGUCCAAGUUGCUGGAGUUAACUGCGCAGCAGUACUUAAAGGCGACAAAAAUCAAACGACAGCAGCAUUAGGUAUGACACAGAACGUCAGCAUUCCACUUUCAAACUCGUUUUACAUAAACUUAACAACCGACUGUGCUAACUUCCAGCAACAACGUGGUUACAUUAUGUCAUCGUUGACGAAGGAGGAAGAACAGUUUCCCAUAGCGUAUUCAUUGAUAGUCUAUAAAGACGCUGAGAUGGUAGAGCGACUUUUACGAGCAAUCUACCGACCACAUAAUGUCUACUGUAUCCACGUAGAUUACAAAUCUCCUUUAGAAUUUUUCAGAACUAUUUCUGCCAUAGCCAAUUGUUUCCCUAAUGUGUUCAUUGCCAGUAAAAGAGUUGACGUGACGUGGGGAACAUUCACGGUGCUAGAACCGGAGCUAAUAUGCAUGGAAGAAUUGUGGAGGUAUAGGAAAUGGAAAUACUUUAUAAACUUGACAGGGCAGGAGUUUCCUUUGAAAACAAACUACGAACUUGUGAAAAUCCUCACUGUCUACAACGGAUCAGUUGACGUGACUACAACAGUGAAACGGGCAAACCCCCGUAGAUGGAGGAACACUGUUGCGCCACAUGGAUUAAAACGUGUGAAAGGUUCAGUACACAUUGUGGUAAACAGGGAAUUCGUUGGUUACAUUCUUCUCAAUGACACAGCAAAGCAGCUUUUGAACUGGACAAAUAAAACGUCUAUACCAGAUGAAACAUACUUUGCAAUGCUUAACGCAAAUCCUCAACUGGGCAUUAAGGGCACGUAUAAAGGGAUCCCGGAGCCGUCCAUUAAGAGACCUUUUAUAGCCAGGUUUAAGAACUGGGGCGAUCUUCCUUGUGCUGAAACUUUUGUGCGGAAUAUCUGCAUUCUUACAACAGGUGAGUAUUUUUGUAACACAUUAGGAGACUAA